UACAACCCCUUCGUAGUCGGAGAUGGCCGGCGGAACCCGGCACCAAAAAAUUACCUCAACCAACGAGGCACCAGCCAGGCAAGACACAGUACCGUGGGACAUCGGGCGUCCACAGUACUGGACACUGACAGUGUUGAAAAGAAAGAGUUCUACUUUAAUGACUUCAUACCGCCCAUCGACAGUGGCCAUCGAAAGCUGAUACGGAGGAAUUACAAGCAAAUCACGUCGGCGUUGUCGGAUGACAAAACCAACUCCUCCGAACCCCACCAUCCUCCAACUGCCGUCAUCUGCAACGAGGCUGCACAUGCCUCAGAGGUCAGCAGUCUGCUCUCGUGGAAUAUGGACGGAAAUGCUUCAAAGAAACCAGUGCUGAGUGGUACUGGGUCGCUAAAUAGUUCACCGGAGGCAUUUAAUGCUAAAUUCGAUAGACAGACUGCGCACGAAGCAACUUUCAUGGGUGCGAUUACGGAAAAGGCAGAAACGACGGAGCUGGCUGGACAAAGCGAAGGCGAAGCUGUAAAACCACUCCAGGACAGCUUUACGCAGCAUAGUUCACAUGUACCUGUCGUCGACGAUGAUGAUGAAGAGGAGGAGGUCCCCCCUCCAUUCGGGAAGAAGAAUGCCCUGCUGCAGACCACGGAGGAUUUCGGGAAUGAAUUAAAAUCCAACUUUAGUUUCCCACGCAUCCUUUCUGAGGAGGAUCAGACAAUGGAGCCGGGAGAUAACGUGGAGGCGCAGGGGCCAGAUGAUAAUGGAAUUAAGCGUUCGACAGACUACUGGAAGGACCAAUUCAUGACCUUCUUUCAACCCUCGGACAAUAAGUUGGCCAAAAAACUGUUCGGUACAAAAAUGGCCUUGAAUAAGGAGAGGUCUAGACAACGCAGUCAGGGCAAAUGGAUAAUUCAUCCUUGCAGCAACUUCAGGUAA